CCGCCUGGGCUCCGCGCGUCCCCCUUAGGCCCAGCUCCUGCAUCCCCCGCCGGGACCCCCAGGCCCGACCGGCCCGAGCCAGACCGCGCGGGUUAACGAGGCGGCGGCUCCGCCCGAGGAGCUGAAAGAUGUCCUUCCAGGGCAAGAAGAGCAUCCCCCGGCUCACGAGCGACCGCCUUCUGAUCCGAGGAGGGAAGAUCGUGAACCACGACCAGUCCUUUCACGCCGACCUGUACGUGGAGGACGGUUUGAUAAAACAAAUCGGAGAAAACCUCGUCGUCCCCGGGGGCAUCAAAACCCUGGACGCCCGCGGCCUGAUGGUCCUGCCCGGCGGCGUCGAUGUCCACACCAGGCUGCAGAUGCCCGUCCUGGGCAUGGCCCCAGCCGACGACUUCUGCCAGGGGACCAAGGCCGCCCUGGCGGGAGGGACCACCAUGAUACUGGACCACGUGUUCCCCGACGUGGGGGGGAGCCUGCUGGCGGCCUACGAGCAGUGGCGGGAGCGGGCGGAUCGCGAGGCCUGCUGUGACUACUCCCUGCAUGUGGAUGUCCCCCGCUGGCACGAAAGAGCCCGGGAGGAGCUGGAGGCCUUGGUCAAGGACAAGGGCGUGAACUCCUUCCUCGUCUUCAUGUCCUACAAGGACAGGUACCAGUGCACCGACGGCCAGAUGUACGAAAUCUUCAGCGUCCUCCGGGACCUGGGAGCCGUGGCCCAAGUGCACGCGGAGAACGGGGACAUCGUGGAGGAGGAGCAGAAACGGCUGCUGGAGCUCGGCAUCACCGGCCCCGAGGGCCACGUGCUCAGCCACCCGGAGGAGGUGGAGGCGGAGGCCGUGUUCCGGGCCAUCACCAUCGCCAAGCAGGCCAACUGUCCCCUGUACGUCACCAAGGUGAUGAGCAAGGGUGCGGCCGACGUGAUUGCCCAAGCCAAGCGCAGAGGGGUGGUGGUGUUCGGGGAACCCAUCACUGCCAGCCUGGGCGCCGACGGCUCGCACCACUGGAGCAAGAACUGGGCCAAGGCCGCAGCCUUCGUCACCUCGCCCCCUAUCAGCCCGGACCCCACCACCAUGGAGCACCUCGCCUCCCUGAUGUCCAGCGGGGACCUCCAGGUGACCGGAAGUGCCCACUGCACCUUCACCACUGCCCAGAAGGCCGUUGGCAAGGACAACUUCACGCUCAUCCCCGAGGGCACCAACGGCGUCGAGGAGCGGCUGUCCGUGGUGUGGGACAGAUGCGUGGCCUCGGGGAAGAUGGACGAGAACGAGUUCGUGGCCGUGACCAGUACAAACGCGGCCAAAAUCUUCAAUUUCUACCCAAGGAAGGGGCGCGUGGCCGUGGGCUCCGACGCCGACCUGGUCAUAUGGAACCCCAAGGCCACGAAAACCAUCUCCGCCAAGAGCCACAACCUGAACGUGGAGUACAACAUCUUUGAAGGCGUCGAGUGCCGGGGGGCCCCCACCGUGGUCAUCAGCCAGGGCCGGGUUGUGCUGGAGGACGGGGCUCUGAGCGUCACCCCCGGGACCGGCCGCUUCGUCCCUCGCAAGACCUUCCCCGACUUCGUCUACAAGAGGAUCAAGGCGCGCAACAGGCUGGCGGAGAUCCACGGCGUGCCCCGAGGCCUCUACGACGGGCCGGUCCACGAGGUGGUGGUGCCCGCCAAGCCAGGGGGUGGCGCCCAGGCCCGCGCCUCCUGCCCCGGGAAGAUCCCAGUCCCGCCCAUUCGCAACCUGCACCAGUCGGGGUUCAGCCUGUCUGGAUCUCAGGCCGACGACCACAUCGCCAGGCGCACAGCGCAGAAGAUCAUGGCGCCACCUGGCGGCCGCUCCAACAUCACCUCACUGUCCUAGGCGCUGCGGGUGCCCACGGCGCUGCCCGUUGGCCGCCGUGCCGCCCCCGUUCCAUUCCCUUCAUUGACCCUGUCUUGAACGGUGCUGGCCUUACCUUCCACCCCGGAAACUCUCCUCCUGGGGCCCCAAGUCCUGUCACAGGGAGCCCCCGCAGGAGAGACCGCAUCUGGGGAGGUUUCACUGCCAGGGCCAGGGGGCUGGACGCGGGGGUGGGGACCGCUCAGGCAGCCCUGAGCCCGGGUGCUGGGUGCCCCAGGAAGACAGGGGCCUCACGGGAUGCCCAGGGCAGGGGCGGCAGGCUGAAAGACUGGGGUGCUGCACCCUGGUCCCCACCCCUCAUCACUGCCCCUGAAGCCCCCAGCUCUCCCGCCUGCUCCCACAGGCCAAGGCGCAGCCUGUCCCCGGCUGCCUCAAUGCAGGGAGAGCCCCCCCCCACCCCCGAGCUGCUGUGACUUCAGGGACCCACCAGGAACCGUGUAGGGGAGCUUCUGGCAGGACUUUGCAGCAGACUCAUCUGUACGCUCUUCCGAGGACCAAACCCCGCUUGUGUAGCGCCCACCCCCAGGGAACUGUAGGCCCCUCUAGCUAAGGUGCUCCUUUUCCCACUGUGUGUGUUCGGAUAGUUCGUUAGAGCAGCAGUUUUGAGUGGUGAGGGCACCUGUAGCCAGGACCCCGCAUGCCACCUACAGCCCAGUGCCCCCUCGCCCCCGGUGCUGUGACCCCGUCACCUGUUAAGCGGGUCAAUUAAAGGCAUCUGGGCUGGAAGCCA